CCAAAAAGAAGAUGUGUUGUAAAUGACCAACAAAUCUCUGAUGAUGGUGACAAGAAUCAAGAAAAAGUUGUCAUCAAUUCACUGGAUCAUGACUCGUUAGCAAAAAUCAUCAUGUUGCUGCCAAUACCAGAAAGGAUAGACAUGGAAAGAGUUUGUACCAAAUGGAAAGAGGCAUGUCAGCUAGCUUGGUAUGACAUUAAAAAAUACAAAUGUGAAUCAUCAAUUGGACGUUGUUAUGAUAAUCGUUUGUUGACACAAUCAUACGUCAAAGAAAUAUUAUUAAGAUGUGGUAAAUAUCUGAAAGAAUUAUCUCUCUCAAAUGUUUGCAAUUCAAAAAUGAUGCCAUUUAUUGGUGAUCACUGUAAAAAUUUAACAACCUUGGAAUGUGAAUUUGAUUAUACCUUCUUAAGGUAUUAUAAAGAUCACUUUGUUCAAGCAUUUACACAGUUGGAUAAAUUAAAAUGCAUUAAAAUGUUACUGGACUAUACAACCGAAAAUAAAACAAUAAAUCUAUUUGAAAUAAUUAAUAGUCUUCCAGAAGAAAUUAAUGAAAUUCAUAUACUUCAUAAAUAUUGGUUGUGGGAUAAACCAGCAGUUCUUAUCACUUUAAAAAAAUUUAAAAAUCUUCAAAAACUAACUUUACAUAGUCUCUGUUCAGACGAGUUAAUUCUUCAAGAAAUAGCAGAAGCAACAACACUUGUUCAUCUUAAUAUCCAAUUAUAUAAUACACACAUAGAGUUUCCUCUAUUCGAUCAACUCGUUAAUUUGGAAUAUAUUCAAAUAAAAAUUAAAGAAGAAAAUGAAGACAAGAAAGUCUCUACAAAAGUACUCGACACUAUUUUUUGUAAAUGCAAAAAUCUAAAACAUCUUGAUAUUCCAAAUGACUUUUAUGAUCUUGCUAAAAUUCCUUUGGCAGAAUGGAAAAACUUGAAAAAUUUAGAAUAUCUUUGUUUAUCUUGUCAUGAAGUAUUACCUGACUUGGCAGAUACAAUUGUUAAAUAUUGCAAAAAUUUAAAACACUUGUGCGUGAAUCCUGUAUGUGAUAAUAUAGAAGCAAAUGUUGUAAAAAAGUUGACAAAAUUGGAAAAUCUUGAAAGUUUCGAGGUGAGUGCUAGAAACCUCAGUGAGGAAGCAAUAAUCGCAAUUUCAAACAAUUGUAAAAAACUUAAACGUUUAGAACUUGAUCAUUGCACUGUAGUAUCAACAAGUAUUGGUGGUGACGAACUUUUUUCUCCAUCUGUUUUCAAUGAGUUAUCAAAACUACAAUAUCUUGAACAUCUAAGCUUGAAUAAUGCAGAAUAUAUUGAAGAUAAUACAAUUAUUGCUAUUGCUAAUAAUUGUAAAAACCUAAAAUAUUUAGAUAUCUGUGGUAUCAGGGAUGAUAUUGCUGAAACAGCUAUCGUUGCUUUAACAAAGUUGGAAAAUUUAGAAAAACUAAGUGUAGACUUUCAUAAUAUUUCCGACAGCUUCAUUAUCAGUUUAAAAGGAAUAAAAAAUUUAUAUUGUGAAUAUUGUCAGGAUCUUACUGAUACUGGUAUUAUUCAAUUUAUAAAAAAUAACCCAGAUCUUGAAGAGAUCUAUGCCAUGGAAAUGAAAAAUAUCACAUAUGACUUGGUUAUUGGUGCUGAUCAGGCAACUAAAAAUCGUACAAAUGGCAUAAUUUUACGCUUACGAAUAUCUGGAGCGGAAAUAGCAAGACAAGCUUAUAACUCAAUAAUUAAAUCUCAAUGGUUUGUUAUUACUGGUUAGAGCAGAUUUAUCCUUCAAAUUAAUUUAAAAUAUCUUUCUUUCUUAUUUAUAUGCUUGAUAUUCUUCCAUAAUG